AUGGUAUCUGAUAAAGAGAAUGGUACCACAAGAAAAACUACGAGACGCAAGAUAGCUAUAGCAUGCGAAGGCUGUCGUCAAAGGAAAAGACGAUGUGAUGGAGCACAACCAGUGUGCGGUAUAUGUCGUAAAAGAAAUGUUGCGUGUGUCUAUAGCAGGAGGUAUACAAAAACUUUAGCGAAUGCUGAGAAUGUCAAGAACUUAGAGGGAAGACUAGGCAUAUUGCAAGAUGAUGAAUCCAAACCCCUGGGUAUGAUUCGUUCAUCGUCUAUUACAAGUAAAAAUAACUCCAACAAUAAUGAAUUAGGCAACCAAGAUUUGAUUACCUGUUCGAGAACAAAUUCUCUAAGUGCUUCUCAUGAUUAUCUAUAUUCUUCAGAUUCUCAUCAAGGGUCAAACCAAGGGCUGAAAAAUCCGAAUGCUUCCCCUGUUCAAAACUUUAAAGCAACUUUUCGCUUCAAGAAUGAAGAUCUGACAAGUGAUGCUAUGGGGGCAGGUUCUAAAACGGCGCCACAUAAAACUGGGGAUAAAAGCUUUUACGGCAGAUCAGCUGCUAUGUCAUUAAUGGAGGAGCUUUUUGCAUCGAUUGAUGCUGAACCUUUACCUAGCUUUGGGUCGGAAUUGAUGAAAUCAAAUACUUAUAAGAUGAGUAGAAGUGAGAAGGAGAAAUCUAGUAUUAGCUUGUCUAGAAUUGUGGUUCCUCCCAGACGCGUGGCUGAUGAUUAUAUUAAGACUUACUUUGAGUUCACAUAUCCACUCUACCCAUUUAUUCAUAAACCAACAUUUAUGUCUGCUUAUAAAGAGAUAUGGUCGAGAGAUACAAAUAAUUGCGAAUUAGAUGAAUUAUUCUACUGUAUUUUAAACAUUAUAUUUGCCUUUGGGUGUCAUCUAUCACCAUUGGAAAAGGAUAUAGAAGGUAAUGAAAUGACAAACGUGUACUUUGAGAGAUCCCAAGACCUUUUGAAGUUUCAUUUAAUGGAUACUGGAUCACUUUUAUUAGUUCAAGCAUUGUUGUUAACAGGUCAGUUCCUCCAAGCGACGAUAAGACUGGAAGGAUGUUGGAAUAUUGUUGGUCUGACAAUACGUAUUGCACAAGGUUUGGGGCUCCAUAUGGAAAGGAAUACAUUAUCCCAGAGAAGCUACAUCGAGCAGGAAGUAGAGAAGAGAUUAUGGCAUGGAUGCCUUUUGAUGGACAAGAUAGUUUCUCUGACAUUCGGAAGGCCUUUGAUGGUUGUUGAAGAUAACGUAUCGGAUAUGCCUAUUUUUAUCGAUGAUGAAUAUGUUACGGAUACCGCUAUAAAUUAUCCUCAGAUUGAAAAACCAUCUGUUUUGAGUUUUUUUUCCCAAACAUUGAAAUUAUAUAAUAUAUUGGCUGAUAUAUUAAAAUCUUUUUAUUCAGACCCCUUUCCAGAGUACGUGGAUCUAUUCCCGAACAUAUUUAGUUUUCAAAAGCGACUCUAUGUUUUUCAAGACAAGAUUCCGAACCACAUCAAGUAUGAUUGCUCUUUACAUGAAUCACCUUAUCAGCACCAGAGUAUAGUGCUUCAAAUUAGGUGUCUACAUUUGAAGAUUAUGCUUUAUAGGCCUGUUUUGCUUCCGAGAAAUAAGGACCAAGUCUAUAGCGGAAUAAAUAAUAUGGAACUCUACGUAUCCACUCGAAGAGCCAUAUCAAAAUUAUGCGUCGAUUCCGCGAUGGAAUUAAUUGACGUGAUUAAAAGGUUUAAAUCGACUGAAUUAACUUUGCUUCCGUCUAGCUGGUAUAACGUCUUUUAUAUUUACACUGCAGCAUUGAUUUUGUUAGCCGCAAAACUUCAGCCUGAUCUAGAAGAUAACUUGGAUAAGACAGCUUUUGAAUUGUCUUGGACUAAUGCCCUUAAAUUAUUAGCGUCCUAUGAGUCACAAUCAAAAUCCGCGACUCGCUGCUUGAAAGUUCUAGAAGUAAUGGACUGUAAGAUUAAACUUACUAUUGAGAAGCGAUCUAAGAAAAUGCUUGAGGAUCAUCAGCCAAAUGAAAAUGUUUCUACUUCUAGCCAAUCGGAGGCUCCGUCGGAUUUUCUAUAUUCUUUGAUGUAUGACACUGAGGGUCCGUUUGGCAGUCCCUUUUUCUAUAAUAAUAGGUUUGAUAGUGCUCUAUAA